CAGUAACGGGAGUGGUCCGCUCGAGAUGUCCUGCUGGCUACAUUUCAAACGCAGAAAGAUGUCGAAAAAGUUGGUGUACUUCGGUCAGUUGUAAACGGUGCUGCCAAGAAUCCUUCUGCUGGCCACGCUCGACACGGCAUGUGUGACCCGUCCUCAAGGGACUGCACAUGAACGGUUUGCCAGGAAGGACAUUUCGGUGAAUACAUGACCACUACCAGCCUGGGUUCGCGAAUUGUAUGAAUCUAUUGUUUUCGGGGCGUGCAGCUGGACGGAAUCUACUUGCCAGUUUCGCUAUUUCUAGUGCUUCCGUAGCGAGACCAGCCGGACGAGUGAUAUAUUGCAGCGUUAUCCCGACCGCUCGUGGCAGUUAGUUUUUCCAGAAGAGCCAACCAACCCACCACUUCAACAGGCAAGCAACCAGCAACCAUGGCGGGUGAUUUUUCUGGCUGUACGGCACGCAAGAAAAACCGGGCCCAAUCCAUCGAAUACAACCCAGUUAAAACGGACGGCAGCGGGGAAAACUCAAAGCAACCAACCAACCCGCUUACGACCCGCAGUGGACUACGGGUGUACAAGAUUGUUAUCCUCGGAGACGGCGGUGUUGGCAAAUCGGCCGUAACGCUCCAGUUCGUGAGUCACAGCUUUCUCGACUAUCACGAUCCAACGAUCGAGGACUCGUACCAGCAGCAGGCCGUCAUUGACGGGGAAGCGGCCCUGCUGGACAUAUUGGACACGGCCGGGCAGGUCGAGUUUACCGCCAUGCGCGACCAGUACAUGCGGUGCGGCGAGGGCUUCAUCAUUUGCUACUCGGUCACGGAUCGGCACAGCUUCCAGGAGGCAUCCGAGUACCGGAAGCUGAUCGCGCGUGUUCGGCUCACGGAGGACAUACCGCUCGUGCUCGUGGCAAACAAGCUGGAUCUGCAGUCGCAGCGCAAGGUGUCGACCGAGGAGGGCCGCAACCUGGCAAAGCAGUUCGGUUGUCCGUUCUACGAAACGUCGGCCGCCUUGAGGCACUACAUUGAUGAGGCGUUUUUCUCCCUGGUGCGGGAAAUACGGCGAAAGGAGGAACAGCGGGCUCUCAACGGGGGCUCCAGUUCGGAAAAGAUACACCCCAGACGGCGCAGCCGAUGGUGGCGAUUACGGUCAAUAUUUGCACUCGUCUUCAGACGUCGCCGCAAUCCCAACGAUACCAACCCAUAGGAAGGCGUGCCGGUGGCAACGGGGAAAGGAGUUGUGCGAAAAUCGAUCCAGCAUAUUUGGGCCAGAGUUUCCAACAGGUUUGCCUUUUUGUUUUCUCCAGUUGGAUAUAUUGUUCGCCACUCCUUUUAGUAGCUGUCCUCCUAUGUGCGUGUAGUGUAUAGGUUGGUUUUGGUAUGGCCAUCCUAUGGCAGUCGAACGUUUAUCGACGAAAUGUCAACUCUCCCAGCGGGCGUCCCGAAUUCUUGUGGUCAAUAACGGACGAAACAGCCAUGAGCUAAAUGUUACCUGUACCCGGGCGUAUAGACUCUUUUCGGGCAGUCGCCACAUUACAGCGUACGACGACAAGGAAUUAACCUAAGCAAAGGCUUUUAACCACAUAGUACAUGUGCCACUUAGUCGCCACUAAGUGUAUCAUCGUGUUUUAGGAGUAUAAUUUAUAGUCGAAGAAAAGGCACCCAAUUUGGUAGGUAACUCGUUCCAUCAUCCACUAUUGUAGGAGAUAAAAAUGUACGGUUCCCGUGGGCCGGGAAGAACAUAAGAAAAAAUGGGAAAUGUAAGAUUUCAUCAAACCAGAUGUAGCAUUAGAAUAGUUGGAUUCUUUAGUACAAGAAUCAUACGUAAUCAUUAGGCGUACUUCUUCCGAACAUCAAUCAACGAAUGGAACUAAUUCUAGUUUAACGGUUAAUUUGUAAGACGAAUGCUUUGCAUUGUGUUUUAACCCGCUCGCGCACAUAGUGCUCAAUAGUUUAUUUUUUAGAGUACGUGGCUGGGAUUCGCCAUCGGAAGUGGAUCGGAAGAGAAUUAGUCGAAUUCAAUACCCUUUUCAUGCUUACAUUACCGUACAAAACAAAAUGAAAAAAGAAAUUAUGGCGUUAAACGUAAAUCAUCCAACAUUUGUGUAGACAUCCGUCGGUGUCUAACAAAAAAGCAUCCAAAGGGGAAAAAAUCAAAAUCAUACAUUUUGCGAAGCAACUACCUGUCCUACACUGACCCAAAGUAUCUGUGAUGUAUGCCAAAACAAUGAAGAAUAUCAUAUUUAUUUCUAUUUUACUCCGUACGUGACGAACACAUCGGUUUGGAGCAACGUUUUACUUUCAUCCCACUUUAUAUAGAACCAGAUUCUCCUUGCAGAGUUGGUUCUGGUUGCGUUACUCUUUCCGUUUCAAGCACUAAAAGUAUUCGGUAUGUGUUCUGAAUGGUUUCGUUCACUACAAAAAUAGAUACUAAUGAACUAUAACUAUAAGAAGAUAAAAAAUAACGCAAUACAUACACAGUACCAAUCAAACCAGAGAAUGAACAACCAGGUUUAAGGCUAUAUAGUGAUAGUCUGUUAUCACACAAUAGAGGAACCACAACUAUCAUAUUCAUAGUACUCAAACAGGGUUACAGGAAAAAAGAAACUUUCACGAAUUAACGUCAUUUAUAAAACAUCAGAGCAGCGUUUUGACGAGAAGGAGAAAACUCGGUAGAUUUACAAUCUGCCAUAACUAUAAACGGGUGAUGUCAGCACAUUAUCAAAAGAAAAGUAUUCAACUCUUAAAGCCAGGGGGAGUUCGGAAGGGGGAAGCAGAAAUAUUAGGAAUUGAUGUAGCAUUUUGCUUUAUACAUUUUUUUUAGCGACUUGGUUUCAAAAUUGUAUUCUUAUGCUGUUGAAAUAUGCAAGAGAUUUCAUACCUCCAAA